CUUUUCCCUCAGCCAUGCCUUCCAAUACGGCGUCGUCUAGCUCCGCCCCUGCCGGAUCUGCAGAUUCUUCCGCCUCCCGGACAAAAUCCAAGCGACCCAAGUAUUCGAAAUUUACACAACAGGAGCUUCCUGCUUGCAAACCAAUUCUCACGCCUGGUUGGGUGAUUCUGACGUUUUUAGUCAUUAGUGUUAUCUUCAUCCCCCUUGGAGUUGUCUCUCUUUUCGCUUCCCAAGAUGUUGUUGAGAUCGUUGAUCGCUAUGAUAAUGACUGCGUCCCGACGCCUGCUAGGGCUAACAAGGUUGCUUAUAUUCAAGGAGUUUCAGACAAAUCUUGUAACCGGACACUAGUGGUUCCUAAGAAGAUGAAGCAGCCUAUCUACGUUUAUUACCAGCUUGAGAACUUCUACCAGAACCACCGCAGGUAUGUUAAAAGCAGAAGUGAUUCUCAGUUGAGGAGUGUGAAAGAUGAGAAUCAAAUAGAUGCGUGCAAGCCUGAGGAUGAUGUUAAUGGGCGGCCUAUUGUGCCAUGUGGUCUAAUUGCUUGGAGUCUCUUUAAUGACACAUACGCUUUAUCUAAAAACAACCAGCCUUUAACUGUAAACAAGAGAGGGAUUGCUUGGAAGAGUGACAGGGAACACAAGUUCGGCAAAAAUGUAUUCCCCAAGAACUUUCAGGAGGGCAAUAUCACCGGUGGUGGCAGGCUAGAUGCAAAUAAAUCGCUGAGUGAGCAAGAGGAUCUGAUCGUGUGGAUGAGAACUGCAGCUUUGCCAACGUUUAGAAAACUUUACGGGAAGAUAGAGAGUGACCUGGAGAAAGGCGAUACCAUACACGUGACUCUGUUAAACAACUACAACACAUACAGUUUCGAUGGGAAGAAGAAGCUUGUUCUGUCAACAACCAGUUGGCUCGGUGGGAAGAAUGACUUCCUCGGCAUUGCUUACCUCACAGUUGGAGGAAUCUGUUUCUUCUUGGCACUUGUGUUUACCAUCAUGUAUCUUGUGAAACCAAGGCGUCUUGGAGAUCCUACUUACUUGUCAUGGAACAGAGUUCCCGGUGGUGGUCGGUAAACAAAAGACUCUUUAAAUGAUCCGUGUAUGUAAAUCUCUUUAUCCAUGAUUGUAAUAUUUAGCUAAAACUGCCAGUGAUAGUUUGUAUUUAUAGAUGUGUAAGUGCUAUGAUGAUGUUACAGUUGAAAGAUGCCCACCAUGAUUGAUGCUUCCUAUCAUUUUCAUUUACCUUUCUC